CCCGCGGGGCAGAGCGCUGGUCCCGCGCCGAGCAUCGCCCUCGCUCCGUCCGCAGCCGCUUGUCUCCCACCACCGCAGCCAUGGCAAACAAAGGCCCAGCCUAUGGCAUGAGCAGGGAUGUGCAGUCCAAGAUCGAGAAGAAGUACGACGACGAGCUGGAGGACCGGCUGGUGGAGUGGAUCGUGGCGCAGUGCGGGUCCUCCGUGGGUCGCCCCGAGCGGGGCCGCCUGGGCUUCCAGGUCUGGCUGAAGAACGGCAUCGUGCUCAGCAGGCUGGUGAACAGCCUCUACCCCGACGGCUCCAAGCCCGUCAAGAUCCCCGACGCGCCGCCCACCAUGGUCUUCAAGCAGAUGGAGCAGAUCGCCCAGUUCCUGAAGGCGGCCGAGGACUAUGGUGUGACCAAGACAGACAUGUUCCAGACCGUCGACCUCUUUGAAGCCAAGGACAUGGCGGCGGUGCAGAGGACGCUGAUGGCCCUGGGGAGCCUGGCAAUCACCAAGAAUGAUGGGCACUACCACGGGGACCCCAACUGGUUCAUGAAGAAGGCGCAGGAGCACAAGCGGGAGUUCACCGAGAGCCAGCUGAAGGAGGGCAAGAACAUCAUCGGGCUACAGAUGGGGACCAACAAGGGAGCGUCACAGGCGGGGAUGAGCUACGGCCGGCCCCGGCAGAUCAUCAGCUAGGCACCCCCCCGCCGCCCCCAGCCCUCCCCAGCCGGGACCUCCGUCUCCGCUUCCCCCCGGCCCAGCGCCGCAGCCGCCCGAGCGUCGGCGGCCGCCACCAGCCCCGCACCGAUUGGUAUUUAUUGAGGAGCAAACGCCCCCCAAACGCCAGCCAACAACGCCCCAACGCCAGCGGCCGCACGCGCCCCGCAGAGCCCCCCGCCCCGGGGCCGCAGCCCCCCCGCCCAGCCCCGCGCCCCCCCCCCCGGCACCCACGGGUGUCCCACGGGUGGGAUGGGCACGUGCCCCGGCCCACGGGGUGGCCCCCCCUGCCCGCAGCCCCCCCCACGAGCCCCGCGCCACUGCCGCAGAGAUCCCUGCGAACGGGGAGAAAGAGAGAAUUGGGCCUCGGUUUUGUACUUGGUUUUUGUCGAAAUUAAAAGGUUAUAUUCAUCUA